AUGCGCAGAAUCACUUGGCAGCCGAGUCGCGAACUCGAUCCGCAGUUCCAGUUGGGCUGGUAUUGGGAUUGGAAUGGGGAUUGGGUGCCCGUUGCCCAGAUCGUGCAACUUUGGGGAACCUGGUCUGUGUUGCAACACCUUCUUUCCGAGGAGCCACAGAGCGAUCACGUCACGAGUUUUCCCGGCGAGGUGGAGAGGAGAAGGUUUUUUAGCCUCAGCACAUUUGAUAUUAUUUUCCUUGCUCCGAUUGUUUUGGUUGUUGGAUUUGCCUUUACGAUAAAACUGAUGGCCGACGUGGAAUACAUUCAUUUAGCACUGCUGGCCAUUCUGGCCAUACCACUUAGCUGUAUGUAUCUGUUUGUUUUUAAGAUAAAAAAUUUUGUAACGGCCUGGAGAUCUUUAAAAUUGUUUUGGAUGAUAGGACACAUUUUGCUUUUGACAUUUCUAACAGGACCAACAAUUAUGGCGGAAAACAGUUCAGAAAGUUUAUAUUUCAUUCAUCACCAACGUGAUUAGCUGAAAAUUUGAUGCCAAACUUCUAGUGAAUGAAAAUCAUCGGAAAGUUUGCCGCUGGCGAGCUUCGCUAAUAAGACACAUUGUCUAGCCAAAGGAUCUGGUCGAACCGAAAGGCGACCGUUUUGGCUUGUUUCAUAAAAUUAGUUUGGGAAUAGCCUGCUUUGGACUUUUUGCUGGAAUAUGUCUUCUGAUGGGUG